AGAAAACCAGAACCAGUAUAUUGCUUCUUAGAAAACCUAUUAAAGACAUCAGGUGUACAACGUAAUUUCUGUAAACUGCUUUAAUACAACUUUCUAUAACAGUGGUGUUCAACGACCACUUUGUCUUAACCUACUUUCUUUUUCCCUGGUCUGAUGGGAGAAUUCUUUGAAUGAAGGGAGAGGAAGGAAACAAACCUGAUGGUCCCAGGAGCUUCUGUCUGUGCCAGCUGUUGUGCUGUUAGAUGGGAACUAGAUAAAUGGGUCUCUUCUGAUAUGUGAAAAUGUAAUUCUCUUUUGGUGAUGUCCUGAUUAAUUCUGCAGGUUUUUCCCCACAAAAACUCACUCCGGUGUUCAUGGUGAGAAUUCAUUAGGCUGACAAUUGAUCAGAAGCCUUUAAUGCUCAUCUCCCAGCCUUUCUGGGAUGACGGCUGGCUCUGAAACUCCCUUGGUGUCUGACAGUCAUUCUGCAGGACUCAUCAUCACAUCCUCUCUUACCCCCUCCGAGCUUUUUUCACACAGGGUCUCAGCGUUGUGGCUGUAGGUCAUUCUCUGUACCCAGUUCGUGCUAUCCAGAGUCUGUGUAGGAUUAUGUAAACAGGGAUAUGUACCUUGGAAUGCUGCCUGUGCUCUGGUGUGACACAACGGACCAAACACAGCUUUGGUUUCUCCUGCAACAUCAGCAACGGGGAUGUGCCUGGCCUAAGGCAGAUACUCUGGGGGGAGUGGAUUAGUGGACUAUUGAGAUUUGUCCAUCCAUUCAGCUCCCAGUUCCCUUAUCUCUCACAUUUGUCUCUCUACUGGCAUUUCCACUUCCUCAUAACUCUGUUCCUGGAAAAGGGAGGGCGGGAACGGAAAUACUCCAUUAAACUUGUCUCCACUGAUUUCCAUUUCCACAGUGCAUAUGAUAAAGGCACGCCAGGCUCAUUCUGGAUGUCAAUACCAUAGACUAAAUCUUUGGUUGGUUUGUUUGUUUGUUCAAUUAGAACAAACCUAGGCUGCCAGAUACCACUGAAAACUGCCACAUCAACAAGGACUGAACCUGGCCAGAGGAACUUCUGAUCAAGAUUUUUUAGGGUCUGGAAAAGUCAGUAUGUUGGACCAGAUUCACUGGCUGGCAGCUGUGACAGUCCUGGGAGUUCUGGAACAAGCCUACUUCUUCCUCCAGGUGAUCUAUGCUAGGAGACUGUUUGGCAUUUCACCUCCAAAGAUCUCAGGCCCUCCUGAAUUUGAAAGGAUCUUUCGAGCACAGGUGAACUCCUCUGAGUAUUUUCCCAUCUUCCUGGCACUUCUGUGGCAGGCUGGACUCUUCUUCCAUCAAGGUCUGGCUGCAGCCUUGGGUCUGCUUUAUCUCUGCGCCCGCUACUGCUACUUUAUGGGAUAUAAGGCAUCAUCCUCAGAAAGACUCGCCCCGAUAUACUUCAGUGCUGGAGUUCUCUGGAUUCUCAUUGCAGUGUCAGCCCUGGGCAUCCUGCAUUUCUUCCUCUCUCACCAUGUGGGGCUGAACAUCCUCCAGCUUCUCACAGCAUGACCCACUCCUCUGUGCUUCAUCACUGUCCUCAUCUUCAAGUCCUGCUCUUUCCUGCCUGCCUUAAUAGACUGGCUGCAACUCAACAGCCUUCAAUGAGAAAUCCACCUGAGCCCAAACUUUUAACACCUCCUUCCUCACUGUCCAGCACUGGCAGGAAUCGUUGAGUUGUUUAGGAGAUAUUUUUCCUCCAUGGUAUUUUGUGUGCCAAGUGUUUCACAUCUGGCGGCUCCAGCGUGUCUGACGCAGAAACAACAAUCCCAGACAAGGACAUAUAAAAGCAAACUCUUCUCUCAGUCUGAGUUUUCCAGGGAGUUGCCAAAAGGAAGUGCCAUGUGUUCCCCAUUCUCCGGCAUCUCUGCCCUCAGCUUAGGCACAGAACACAGAUUCAUGCCAGUUUUCCAAGGCCCACACCUAAGAAAGGCAUUUGUUUGGAACCAGAUGUGGGCUGAGACAUCACAAAAGAGGUGAUGGAAAACUGGAGCAGCCACCAACAUGUUGUGCAAAAGUCUGUUGGUACUCUCAUGAUGGUUAUCUGCCACUGCUGUAAAUCGGACUGUGCAAACUCAUCACCACUGCUGCACGUGCCACUUCAAACUUGGCUCAGUGACAACAGGCACAAAUAAAAGGUCACUGAACUUGCUGUCCUGGGUGUCUCUUUGUGAGUCCACAGCUAGCAGAGAACAGAAACAUGAGUGUAUGAGUGCAAGGUGGAUGCCUUUGUUUCCCUGACAUGCAGUCCAGUGAAGCUUGUAAUUCUGUGUGCCAUGGGAGGAGAGCUCUGAGGAAGGCGAAGCUGAUUUCUGGAGAUGUUGAGCUCAUGGAUUGGGUGGUAGGCCACUCAGUACCAAAAAGUGGUUUAUCCAAGUGGUCAGGUCCCUCCUGCAUCAGGAGGGGCUGGAUUUUCAUGACUCCAGUAUUCACAAUACUGAUGCUUUUGGCCACUGGUGUCCUCAUGUUAGUGCCACAGCUCAGGAAAUGCCAGCAGUGCUCUGUGUGUCAUGGGAGGAAUUCACACCAAACCCAGAGAGUAAAAAUAAUUGCAUGAGCAUGAUGCCAGUCCUAUCACAUUGUAAAGCCCACUGCUCUCCCCUCCUUUUCUCACCAGUAGGCAUAUCUGGACUGUAAGAACAAAAGGCAUGGCUUUUUGGUGGAAAUGACUAAUUUUUCGCAUUGUUUCUUUUCCUUCCAUGCAAUUCAAAUUGUUUUCUCCAGCAAAGCCCCCGGUCCAUUUCCUUUUCAGGCUCUCCUGCCUUGGAGACAUGCUGCAGCAUUGAAACUGGCAAAUGCUGCAGAGUAAGGCUUAAAGCCAAACAAAAAUAACUGUACAACACUUGUCUCUACAAAGUGUGCAGUGCAGUAGGGCCCCAUCCUCGCUGGAAUCCUCAGGUGUCACAGCAAGAUAAACAAUAACAUGACAAUUUUUCUACUGUCAUCUUUGGUGACACAUUUCAGAAACGUCUGAGCAAAGUUUAACCCUGGCUAUGCCUUAGCAAGAUCAGGGAGGAACAGAUUUCACAGUGAGAUUUCAUUUAGCCUUUGCAUUAACACGUCCUACCAUCUCCAGAAGUUAUUCCCCAGACCUCACCUUUUUACCAAUAUAACCAGCCACCUUCCAGAGAGUUAAUGCAGAAGGACCAGCCCCAGCUGCUGGUGCAGGUCCUGACUCUGCAUCCAAAUUCUGCUUUCUGGGGUUAGUCCAAGUGAGUGCUCACUGGUUCUGUAGACACAGUCUCUGUCUUUUAUCCUACAACCAGUUUUCUAAACUCGCUGUAUCAACCUGGAGCCACUUCCCACCUCAGCCCAGCUUGUGUCCGCUCUGUGUGUGACAGGGCUGCAGGAUGACUCAGAGGAGGGAAAUUAACGAUUCAGCAGUGAGAUUGUAGCCAGCUUCUCCCCCUGGAUGCACAGAAGACCAUUAAAAAUCCUGGCACGGUGCAGUCAGGUUCUGGCCUUGGUGGCUGCCAUUACCAGUUCUGCCACAGAAAAUCUGACGGGCAUAUCAUCAGCCCUUCAAACCUUUGUCAGAGGAGCCAUUUCAGGUGCUCAGAGCAGAGGGGAAGCUUCUCCCUUCUGCCAGGGCUGCUGUCAUUGCUCUGGUGCUUCAUCAGUCAAAGAAAACCAUUUUACACAAUUGAUGAUUCAAACAGUCGAUGAUUUUGGGAUUCAUUCAAUUCAUGAUGCUGCUGCCCAGCGCAAUGUGCUAGUGCUGUAUGGCACCAGUUUACCCCGCUGAACCUGCUUCAGAAGGGCUGAGAGACCGCUGGGCUGGCACAGGGUGUGCUGGGGAGCUGCUCCUGCCACCCCGGGUCACUGUCCCGCAGGUGU